ACCGAGCCACGCGGACGUUCCCCGCGUGUCUCUGAGCAAUAAAGACCGUUGCGUAUAAACCCGAGUUAUCCUUCUUCACCCUCACAUCCUGAAUCGCCAUCCUUGUUCCCUUCGUCAGUAACCUGAACUGCGGGACCGGGGACCGGGUGUUACUUUACAGUACAAAGAACUUUCUUGGCAUUUUGCCUGUUUGCAUCAACAAUGGCCACACCAACUGGAAAAAAUUCGGCCAUUCAGGCUGUUUCUCAGGGUGCUCAUUUGUUCUCUAUCGACUUUGUCAAGAAUGUUGCAAAAGAAGCACCAGGCAAUUUGAUAUGCUCUUCCCUGAGCGCCAACAUCGCUCUGAGCAUGGCUGCUGACGGCGCUGUCGGAACUACCGAGGCACAGUUUAAAGAUGUUCUUAAGCUUCCAGCUACGAAAUCACAGACUCGGGAAGGUUACCAGAAUCUCAUUGAUAAAUUGAAUAAUGUUGAGAAUGUCACUUUGAAGCUCGCUAACAAGAUAUUUAUCGACAAAAGUUUUCCAGUGAAACCUGGGUAUAAACAGAAUCUCAAGACAUACUAUCGUUCCAGCAUCCAGUCGGUAGACUUCGCUAAAGGCGACGAAGUCGCGAACAUCGUUAACACCUGGUGCAAGGAGAAAACCAACAAUCGCAUCGACAGCAUUAUUAGUCCCGCCGACGUGGAUCCUAAUACUGAGCCUGCACUGAUACUCGCAAACGCGGUGUACUUCAAGGGCAAAUGGGGCCAAGUGUUUGAUCCUAAGGCUACCACGGACCGUCCAUUCCACAUUGACGCCAACACCGUAAGAAAAGUUCCUACUAUGCACAGAAUAGGCGACUACAAGCACGCCGAAUUGCCGGAAUACGACGCUAAAUGCAUCGAGCUGCCGUACGCGAAUGAAGACGUCAGCAUGGUGAUUAUCCUACCCAAUAAAAUUGACGGUCUAGCUGCGCUGAUCGACAAACUCGAGGAAGUUAGCGCGGAAUGUAGCAUCCGCCUCGCCGAAACGUACGAACAUGAGGUCCGAGUGUUCCUGCCCAAGUUCAAGAUCGUGUCCACAUUGAAUCUUGGAGAUACGUUGUCUCAGAAGAUGGAUCUCGAUAAACCGUUCAGCAACAGCGCUGAAUUUGGUGGCAUUUCGGAUAUGCCGUUGAAGAUCAACAAAGUCUUCCAAAAAGCUUUCAUCGAAGUUAAUGAAGAGGGUAGCGAGGCGGUCGCCGUCAUUGGAACACUGAAGGGUGGGGGUUGGGGUUCCCCAACAAUUUCCGAUGUAUUUGACGUAAAUCGACCAUUUUAUUAUUAUAUUCGCCACAACAAAGGAACGUUUGUCAAGAUAAGGCGCGAUCAUUAUAUUCGCUACAGCGAAGGACCGUUUGUAUCUUUGUUCGAAGGUCAUGUAAGCAUGCCAGAAAUGUAGAUGUAUUGUACAAAAAAUGCUGUCAACCUAAAAAAUUUUUUUUUAACUGUCGAUGUUGUGUUAAUCGAACAUUGUUAAUGCUUUUUCUUUUCGAUUAGUUCUAUUCGAUCUAAUUAUAACAAUGUGACUUUAAAAUCUCAUUUAAAAUCUCGAUUAUUUCUCUUAAUACU